AUGAAUAUCAGAGAUAGAACUAUAGAAUUUCAACAAAGUGUUUUAACGUAUAAAAAACAAAAUAAGAAUCAUAAUCAAUUCCCACAUCAAGCUUCUAAUGAUUUACCACAAUCAAAUCCAAUAAAGACCUCAGAUUUUCAAAAAAAUGCAUCUUCUAUAGCCCAUGAAAUAUCUUCUACAGCUCAAUUAUUAUCCAAAUUGGCCAUCUUAGCCAAAAGGAAACCAAUGUUCAAUGAUAAUCCUGUAGAGAUUGCUGAAUUAUCCUUUUUAAUUAAGAGAAAAAUCUAUUCAAUUGAACAAAGUUUGAUCGAUUUAUCUAAAUAUCAAAGAACUAUACAAGGUAAAGAAGGCGUUGUAGUUAAAAGAGGUAAAGAUACUCAUCAUUCUAAAAAUGUCGUUAAUUUAUUAAAUACUAAGAUGAAGAAUAUUUCAGGUGAUUUUAAACAUGUAUUAGAACAAAGGCAACAAUUAGAAUUGGCAAAUAGAGAUCGUUGGGAAAAAAUCACUCAACAAGAUAAAUUAUCAACACAAACUUCAAAUUUAAAUGAUAGUAGAAGUAAUAGUAAUGAAUAUAAAAUACAAAAUCCUAAUAUAACACAUAUACAACAACAACAAGGAGGGUUAACUAAUGGUGGACUUGAAAAAGGUAACGGUAGUCAAUUAUCAGUUUCCAAUAAUUCAAUGUAUAAUAAUUCUAAUCCAUUUUUAUCAUCAUUAGCUAAUGAAGAAGAAGACAACAAUAAUAAUACUACAAUGAUACAGAGCAGUUCAUAUAAUAAAAAUGGCGAUCAAACAUUACUAUUGACAAUGGAAGAAGGUUUAUUAAAUCAAGAUAGUAAUAAUGUAUAUUUACAAGAGAGAGAUCGUGCAAUGGAAACCAUUGAAUCUACCAUUCAAGAAGUUGGUGGUUUAUUCCAACAAUUGGCAUCAAUGGUUCAAGAACAAGGUGAAGUAAUUCAAAGAAUUGAUGCCAAUGUCGAUGAUAUUGACUUAAAUAUUACAGGCGCACAAAGAGAAUUACUGAAAUAUUUUGAUAGAAUUAAAAGCAAUAGAUGGUUAGCCGUCAAAAUCUUUUUUAUUAUAUUUGUAUUUUUCUUAUUUUGGGUUUUAGUCAAUUAG